AUGCUCCUCCCGGCGCGCCUUCUCGCCCUCAUCCCGCUGCUCUGCGUGUGCCGCCUGGAUUGGGCUUAUGGAUACUAUAGACAACAGAGAAAACUUGUUGAAGAGAUUGGCUGGUCCUAUACAGGAGCACUGAAUCAAAAAAAUUGGGGAAAGAAAUAUCCAACAUGCAAUAGCCCCAAACAAUCUCCUAUCAAUAUUGAUGAAGAUAUUACACAAGUAAAUGUGAAUCUUAAGAAACUUAAAUUUCAGGGUUGGGAUAAAACAUCUUUGGAAAACACAUUCAUUCAUAACAAUGGGAAAACAGUGGAAAUUAAUCUCACUAAUGACUACCAGCUCGUUGGAGGAGUUUCAGAAACGGUGUUCAAAGCAAGCAAGAUCACUUUUCACUGGGGAAAAUGCAACAUGUCUUCCGAUGGAUCAGAACAUAGUUUGGAAGGACAAAAAUUUCCACUUGAGAUGCAAAUCUACUGCUUCGAUGUGGACCAAUUCUCCAGCUUUGAAGAAGCAGUUAAAGGAAAAGGGAAGAUAAGAGCAUUAUCUAUUUUAUUUGAGAUUGGAAUAGAGGAAAAUUUGGAUUACAAAGCAAUUAUUGAUGGAGUCGAGAAAGUUGGUCGUUUUGGGAAACAGGCGGCAUUAGAUCCUUUCAUAUUGCUGACUCUUCUGCCAAACUCAACCGACAAGUAUUACACCUACAACGGCUCGCUGACCUCCCCUCCCUGCACGGACACCGUUGACUGGAUUGUUUUUAAAGAUACAGUUAGCAUCUCUGAAAGCCAGUUGGCUGUUUUUUGUGAAGUUCUCACCAUGCAACAGUCUGGUUAUGUCAUGCUGAUGGAGUACUUACAAAAUAAUUUUCGAGAACAACAGUACAAGUUUUCUAGGCAGGUGUUUACCUCUUAUACUGGAAAGGAAGAGAUUCAUGAAGCGGUUUGUAGCUCAGAACCAGAAAAUGUUCAAGCUGACCCAAAGAAUUACACCAGCCUUCUUGUUACAUGGGAGAGACCUCGCGUCGUCUAUGAUAACAUGAUCGAGAAGUUUGCCGUUCUUUACCAGCAGUUAGAGGGAGAAGACCAAACCAAACAUGAAUUUUUGACAGAUGGCUAUCAAGAUCUGGGUGCUAUCCUCAGUAACUUACUACCCAAUAUGAGUUACGUUCUUCAAAUAGUAGCCAUAUGCACCAAUGGCUUAUAUGGAAAAUAUAGUGACCAGCUGAUUGUGGACAUGCCUUCCAAUGACCUUGAACUUGACUUCUUUCCUGAAUUAAUUGGAGCUGAAGAAAUAAUCAAGGAGGAAGAAGAGGGAGAAGACACUCUUGUGAAUCCUGGUAGAGACAGUGCCACAAACCAAAUAAGGAGAAAGGAAUCCCAGAGUGCUACCACAACAAACUACCAUCGCCUGGGGACCAAAUCCAACGAGGCCAAGACUAACCGGUCCCCAGCACGAGGAAGCGAAUUCUCUGGAAAGGGGGCUAUUCCCAGCACGUCCUUCGAUUCCACCUCCCAACCAGUCACUGAGUUAGCCCCAGAAAAGGAGGCUUCUUUGACAUCACAGACCGGGACCAAACCUCCUCCUCUUCACACUCCGGAAGGCACUGCAGCCUCUGAAGCGGUGCUCAGAUUUCCGCACAAGACCAUGCCUGGGACUGUGGAACCUGUAAGCACAGCUUCUGGAGUGGAAUCUCAAGAGGUGUCCACUGAUCUCGGAGAGGAAGAAAGCUUACUCGUCGGUGUCAAGCUUGACGGGGGAGCUGAUGAUGCGUCAGGCUCCAGUCCCACCCCAACUGCUGGCCCGUUUGCCUCUGAGAACACAUCCCCCGGGUAUGUGCUUCCUUCAGACAGCCGGGAGACCAUCACCGAUGACGUCCUCCUCCCAGACCCUGCGAGAAAUGUCUCCGAAGAGCCAGCAUCGUCGGGUUCAGAAGACUCCCUCCGAGACCCUUCCGGGGAGGGAAGUGUGUGGUUUCCCGGCCCCACGGAUGGGAGGACACCGCCCGAUGCUGGGUCAGGUGGCGAGGGCCUUCUCCAGACCCAUCCCACCGAGAUCCAGGCCGAGUCCUCUUCUGAGAAGACGGCCGAGUCCUCUUCCCCAGGCCCGUGGGUGUCCCGGGGCCCCCCGGUCACCGAUAUGGAAAUGCCACCCUCUUCUUCCUUUGCCUUCUUCCCCACCGAGGGGACACCUGGCGCUUUCACUCCAUCCUCCGGGCAACGUGACUCGGGGCCCACCGUCGGCAUGGUCCCUGCGCAGACCACCCAGCCCGGGUACAACGUAUCGCUGCCACCUUCUGAUGGUGACACAUUGCUCACAACUGCUCUUUCGGCUGUGCCUGGAGAGCCAACAUUGGCUGCGUCCCCCGAGGCUGAUCACAUUAGUCCUACAAUAUCGCAUCGCAUGGCAUCCACUUCUGCUUCAAGUGAAAACAUGCCACUCUCUACAUCUGUGCCAGUUUUUGGUGUGUCACCUGCUUCUAAUAUGCCUGCUGCCUCACUUGAAAGUGUAACCGUUUCUUAUGCCAAUAAGAAAGAUGUUGAACCAGUCUUGCUUAAGGGUGAACGUUCCCAGCAAGUGGUACCGUCAUCGCUCGGUAAUAAUAAGUUCUUCCAAACGGCCGGUUUGGAGACUAGCCAGGCCUUUCCCCCAAAAGAAAGGCAGGCAUUUGCUACUCCUGUUUUAUCGAUGGAUGAACCUCCCCAUACACUUUUCACUAAGUUUGUCUAUCCUGAGGAAGUCUUUACCUCCUCCCAGGGUUCCAUUCCUGAGGAGGUGUUGGCUGGUAUGCCAACAGUUGUUCCCGAUACACUUUUAACUGCUGAUCAUUCUGCUCCUUUCGGAAAUGUGCAUGUUUCUAUUCCAGCCGCUUUUCCCAACAAAGAUGGUUCCGUUGCCACAACCAAGUCUCUGUUUCCUUCUAAAACAAUUUCCGUGCUGACUCACAGCGCCAGAUCGGAUGCUGAGUUAGUGGGUGGUGAUCGUGAUACAGAUGAUGAUGAUGAUGAUGAUGAUGAUGACAGAGAGAGAGAUGGCUUAGCUGUCAAUAAGUGUAUGUCCUGCUCCUUCUAUAGAGAAUCCCAGGAAAAGGUGAUGAAUGAUUCAGACCCCAAGGAGAAUGGUCUUAUGGAUCAGAAUAACCCCAUACCAUACUCCCUGACUGAGAAGUCUGAAGAAGAAAGUAAAGUCACAGCUGUGACCUCAGAAAGUCAGACCUAUAUGCACAGAAGUCCUGAUAAAUCACCAUCACCAGAUGUGCUCUCCCAAAAGCACAAUGAUGGGAAACAGGACAAUGACAUUCAGACAGCUAACGCCCUGCUUCCUUUCACGGCAGCAUCUACAGCAUGGGCGAUUCUUGCAGAAGAGAGUGGAUCAGGGCAAAGUAUAUCAGACAGUCUUAAUGAGAAUGAGACCGCCACAGAUUUCAGUUUUCCAGAUGUUAAUGAAAGAGCUGUGGCUGGGGUCCCAGAAGCAGGUGACUCAGAAAUAACCCCUGGACCCCCACAGUCCUCAGCACCGACUGUUGCUAGCAGGCACUCAGAAGUGGUCAACAUUGCAGAGGCAGAGGCCAGUAAUAGUAGCCAUGAGUCUCGUAUUGGUCUAGCUGAGGGGUUGGAAUCCGAAAAGAAGGCAGUUAUACCCCUUGUGAUCGUGUCAGCCCUGACUUUUAUCUGUCUAGUGGUUCUUGUGGGUAUUCUCAUCUAUUGGAGGAAGUGCUUCCAGACUGCGCAUUUUUACUUGGAGGACAGUACUUCCCCCAGAGUGAUAUCCACACCUCCAACACCUAUCUUUCCAGUUGCAGAUGAUGUCGGAGCAAUUCCAAUAAAACACUUUCCAAAGCAUGUUGCAGACUUACAUGCAAGUAGUGGGUUUACUGAAGAAUUCGAGACACUGAAAGAGUUUUACCAGGAAGUGCAGAGCUGUACUGUUGACUUAGGUAUCACGGCAGACAGCUCCAACCACCCAGACAACAAGCACAAGAACCGAUAUGUAAAUAUCGUUGCCUAUGACCACAGUAGGGUUAAGCUGGCACAACUUGCUGAAAAAGAUGGCAAACUGACUGAUUACAUCAAUGCCAAUUAUGUUGAUGGUUACACCAGACCAAAAGCUUACAUUGCUGCUCAAGGCCCCCUAAAGUGCACAGCUGAAGAUUUCUGGAGAAUGAUAUGGGAGCAUAAUGUGGAAGUCAUCGUCAUGAUCACAAACCUCGUGGAGAAGGGAAGGAGAAAAUGUGACCAGUACUGGCCUGCUGAUGGUAGUGAAGAGUAUGGGAACUUUCUGGUCACUCAGAAGAGUGUUCAAAUGCUUGCCUAUUAUACUGUGAGAAAUUUUACCCUUAGAAACACAAAGAUAAAAAAGGGCUCCCAGAAAGGAAGGCCCAGUGGGCGCGUGGUCACGCAGUACCACUACACGCAGUGGCCCGACAUGGGAGUGCCAGAAUACUCACUGCCUGUGCUGACCUUCGUGAGAAAGGCGUCCCAGGCCAAGCGCUACUCAGUGGGGCCCGUUGUUGUCCAUUGCAGCGCUGGAGUUGGGAGAACAGGCACAUAUAUUGUGCUGGACAGCAUGUUGCAGCAAAUUCAGCAUGAAGGCACCGUCAACAUAUUCGGCUUCUUAAAACACAUUCGUUCACAAAGAAACUAUUUGGUGCAAACUGAGGAACAGUAUGUCUUCAUUCAUGAUGCGCUGGUGGAGGCCAUACUUAGCAAGGAGACCGAGGUGCCCGACAGUCACAUUCACGCCUAUGUCAACGCGCUCCUCAUCCCUGGGCCCACGGGCAAAACAAAGCUGGAGAAACAAUUCAAGCUCCUGAGCCAAUCAAACAUACAGCAGAGUGACUAUUCGACAGCCCUAAAGCAAUGCAACAGGGAAAAGAACAGAACUUCGUCCAUCAUUCCUGUGGAAAGAUCACGGGUUGGCAUUUCGUCUCUGAGCGGGGAAGGCACAGACUACAUCAAUGCCUCCUAUAUCAUGGGUUAUUACCAGAGCAACGAGUUUAUCAUCACGCAGCAUCCCCUUCUCCACACCAUCAAAGAUUUCUGGAGGAUGAUAUGGGACCAUAACGCCCAGCUGGUGGUUAUGCUUCCUGAUGGUCAAAACAUGGCAGAAGACGAAUUUGUUUAUUGGCCAAAUAAAGAUGAGCCUAUAAAUUGUGAAAGCUUUAAGGUCACUCUUAUGGCUGAAGAACACAAAUGUCUGUCUAAUGAAGAAAAACUUUUAAUUCAAGAUUUUAUCUUAGAAGCUACACAGGAUGAUUAUGUACUGGAAGUGAGGCAUUUUCAGUGUCCCAAAUGGCCAAACCCAGACAGCCCUCUCAGUAAAACUUUUGAACUUCUAAGUAUUAUCAAAGAAGAAGCUGCCAGCAGGGAUGGGCCCAUGAUUGUCCACGAUGAGCAUGGAGGAGUGACAGCAGGAACUUUCUGUGCUCUGGUGACCCUUAUGCACCAACUAGAAAAAGAGAAUUCCGUGGAUGUCUACCAGGUAGCCAAGAUGAUUAAUCUGAUGAGGCCAGGAGUCUUCGCUGACAUCGAGCAGUAUCAGUUUCUCUACAAAGCAGUCCUCAGCCUUGUGAGCACGAGGCAGGAAGAGAAUCCAUCCACCUCUCUGGACAGUAACGGCGCAGCAUUGACCGAUGGAAAUAUAGCCGAGAGCUUAGAGUCUUUAGUUUAA